AGACUUGACAUGUCUAUACACCACUAACCGGUAAAAGCUCAUUUUCUCUUUCAAAACCUUGAUCGGUGUGUAAAAAUUGAGACCUUUUUUUUAUUCAAUCAUGGCGAACUACAGACGAGCCAACCUCGCCGUCGACGCCUUCCGGAGCUUCACAUCAAGAAUCCAAUCUAAACCAAACCCAAUCUCCAGAGUGUUCUCGACAAACUCGACAAAGUCAUCAUCUUCGGCCACAAAACCAGCUACGUUAUCUGGGUUUUCUCCUUCCUAUUCUAUUUCACACAACCCAAUUCCGCAAAACCGAUUAAGCCCGCUUAUUGGUUUCGCCGGAAAAAGAUACUACCACGUGGAUCGGCGGCAGGUGCGGCAUUUCCGGCAGAGGGGCCCACGCCGGUGGGCCGACUGGUUCAAGGACCCGAGGAGGGCGUUUGUUACUAUUGUGGUGGGCGGUGGGGUUUUUGUUACCUUGUAUUUUGGGAACUUGGAGACUGUGCCAUACACAAAGCGUAAGCAUUUUGUGAUUCUGUCGACGAGUAUGGAGAGGAAGCUGGGAGAGUCGCAGUUUGAGGAAAUGAAAGCCGGGUUCAAGGGGAAGAUUUUGCCUGCGAUUCACCCGGAGAGUGUGAGGGUUAGGCUGAUUAGCCAGGAGAUAAUUGAUGCGUUGAAGAGAGGGUUGAGGCAUGAUCAGGGGUGGACUGACAUGGGUUAUGCCUCCGAGGAGUUUGACCCGAGAUUCGAGGGGAGGGGGAGUGAGACAGUGCAGGUGUUGAUGGAGGAGGGUGAGGAAGGGAAGGCGGAGGGGAAUUGGUCACGUGAGGAUGAGAUUCUUGAUGAUAAGUGGAUUGAGCGUAGUAGGAAGAAGGGUAAGGAUAGUAAGGAUGCCACUUCGCAUUUGGUUGAUUUGAAUUGGGAGGUUUUGGUGGUGGACCAGCCGAUUGUCAAUGCGUUUUGUUUGCCGGGUGGGAAGAUUGUGGUGUUUACAGGGUUGCUUAAGCAUUUUAGGAGUGAUGCCGAGAUUGCUACCAUAAUUGGUCAUGAGGUUGGGCAUGCUGUGGCUCGACACUCUGCUGAGGGCAUCACAAAGAACCUGUGGGUUGCGAUCUUGUCAUUGGUUCUUUAUCAGCUUAUUUCGCCUGAUUUUGUCAACCCGUUAUCCAAUCUUUUCUUAAGGCUUCCUUUUUCCCGAAGGAUGGAAUUGGAAGCAGAUCACAUUGGGCUGCUGUUGAUUGCUUCUGCUGGAUAUGAUCCAAGGGUGGCUCCAACUGUGUACGAGAAGUUGGGCAAAAUCUCUGGUGGAGAUUCAGCUUUGAGAGAUUAUCUUACUACUCAUCCAUCUGGGAAAAGGAGAGCUGAAAUGCUGGCCCGUGCUCACAUCAUGGAAGAGGCUUUAACUAUAUAUCGCGAUGUAAGAGCUGGACGUGGGGUUGAAGGGUUUCUCUAGGACAAUAAAAUUGUUUCUUUAGGACAAUACUCUUCUAUUGUGGAGUCGGAAUUGAAAUCCUUUAUAUACAAAGAAUUGUGAAUAUGGUGGUCUUAUUCACGUAACGUUUCCUUGUAUAUUCUUCUGAAUCUUUCUUGUACUUGAAGCUAGAGUCUUUUCAUCU